CCGCGCGCGUUUACGAAUCUUUCACCGGCAACCUUCGGCGGUCUCCAUUUACGACAUCCCAUCCCUCAUCCAGCAGAUUUCACUAACCGAUUCCGGACCACCAGCACCUUCCCAGCGAUGUCCACCGCAACCGAGCCAAAGCGCUUCAAGGAGGACGGCGAGAUCGUGAUCGGAACGCACGACGGCGUGUUCCACUGCGACGAGGUUCUGGCCUGUUUCAUGCUGCAGCAGCUGCCCAAGUACGAGCGGGCCACGGUGCGUCGAACUAGGGAUUUGAAGGUGCUGGACCAGUGUGAUAUCGUGGUGGAUGUGGGGGCGGUGUUUGAUCCGGAUACGAAUCGGUACGAUCAUCACCAGGCGAGUUUUCAGGAGACGUUGAACUCGCUGAGGCCGGAGGUUAAGGUUAAGCGGGAGAUUCGGUUGAGUUCAGCGGGGUUGAUUUAUACUUAUUUCGGGGAGGAAGUGAUUCGGAAGGUGUUGGAGCGGAACUCGAUUGCGAAUCCGGAGGAGGAGUUGGUCCGUGGGGUUUAUCGCAAGUUGUACGACACGUUGAUCGCUGAGUUAGACGGGAUUGAUAAUGGCGUUCCGAUGUUUGAGGGUGAGCCCAAGUACACCAUCAACACCCAUUUGAGUGCCCGCGUGAGUCACUUCAAUCCGGCCUGGAACGAGUCGUCGGACGAUGCCGAAGACGUGGCCAAGCGGUUUGAAAAGGCCAAAACUUACGUCGGGGCGGAGUUCAUCGACAAGGUGCUCUACUACGCGACCCGUUGGUGGCCGGCACGGGCCAUCGUGGAAAAGGCCGUCCGGAAUCGACUUGAAGUGCACGCAUCCGGCGAGAUUUUGGAGCUGGAAAACUUUUGCCCCUGGAAGGAGCACCUGUACGAGCUGGAGGGCGAGCAUGGAAUCGCUGGCUUGCCCAAGUACGUCAUCUACUGCAACAGGCCGAACGAUUGGCGCGUGAUCUGCGUCCCGCUGGAACCGGCCAGCUUCGUGUGCCGCAAGUUUUUGGCCCGCAAGUGGCGUGGCGAGCGGGACGACAAGCUGGAGGAGAUUUCCGGCAUCGAGGGAGCGAACUUUUGCCACCAGACGGGCUUCAUCGGGGGAAACCGGACGCGUGAGGGCGCGCUGCGGAUGGCCGUGGUCAGUCUGGAGGAGAAGGAGGAGUGAGGGAAGUUGAAAAGUAUUUUGU